UGGGGAGAUAGCGAGUCCUUGAUACAGCUCGAGCCGCGCCCAGGUGAGCAGCACCGCAAUCAGCUGCAGGAGGAGGACGUGAGGGGGAUCGAAUUCCAUGACCAGCUCCUCCCCUGCUCCCUGAAUUGUGCUCUCAGCCCAAGGGGAGGCGGACUCUGCCGCUGGCUGAGCACCGUCUUUCCGCAGGGCGGCCGCACUCAGCACUGAGCAGGAGGGGAUGAUCGGUGUAGGUACCGGGCAACUGUCUACUCUGUGAUUCGAUCCGACGACACUACACCGAUUCGGCGCCAGAUUAGCGUCGACGGAUCGUGCAUCCUCCUCCUCCUCCUCCUCCCCACCACCCCCGCCACCCUCCCCCUCGGCUGAUUCCUUCAACCCACGCAUUUAAAAAAAGAGGCCGAGUCGAGCUGAGCUGCUGUCAAAUCAUCUGUGUCUCUCUCUCGAAACAGCAACAUGAAGAUCAAGGACGCAAAGAAGCCUUCAUUCCCAUGGUUUGGAAUGGAUAUUGGUGGAACGCUGGUGAAAUUAGUUUAUUUUGAGCCAAUUGAUAUUACAGCUGAGGAGGAGGAGGAGGAGGUAGAAAGCCUAAAAAGUAUUCGCAAGUACUUGGUGUCAAACGUAGCCUAUGGGUCCACGGGCAUCCGAGAUGUGCAUCUUGAGCUCAAAGACUUGACACUUUGUGGCCGCAAAGGAAACCUGCACUUUAUUCGAUUUCCUACACACGACUUACCUACCUUUAUUCAAAUGGGAAGAGACAAGAAUUUUUCAACACUACACACAGUGCUUUGUGCCACGGGAGGCGGUGCUUAUAAAUUUGAAGAAGAAUUUCGUACGAUUGGUAAUCUGCAGCUACACAAACUGGAUGAACUGGACUGCCUGGUCAAUGGCCUUUUGCACAUUGACUCUCUCAGUUUUAAUGGCCAGGCAGAAUGUUAUUACUUUGAGAAUGCCUCAGACCCUGAGAAAUGCCAGAAGAUGCCUUUCAACCUUGAUGACCCCUACCCUUUGCUUGUGGUGAACAUUGGUUCAGGAGUCAGCAUAUUAGCUGUUUACUCAAAGGACCAUUAUAAGAGAGUAACUGGAACAAGUUUAGGAGGUGGAACCUUCCUGGGCCUCUGCUGUUUACUUACAGGUUGUGAAACUUUUGAUGAAGCCCUUGAAAUGGCAUCAAAGGGCGACAGCACCAUGGCUGACAAACUAGUGCGGGACAUCUAUGGGGGAGACUAUGAACGUUUUGGAUUACCAGGGUGGGCAGUUGCAUCCAGCUUUGGCAACAUGAUUUGCAGGGAGAAGAGAGACUCGGCCAGCAAAGAAGACCUAGCAAGAGCUACCUUGGUUACCAUCACAAACAACAUUGGAUCCAUAGCCCGAAUGUGUGCACUGAAUGAGAAGAUAAACAGAGUCGUUUUUGUUGGCAACUUCCUGCGAGUCAAUACACUGUCGAUGAAACUCCUGGCCUAUGCACUGGAUUACUGGUCAACGGGUCAGCUGAAGGCAUUGUUUCUGGAACAUGAGGGUUACUUUGGAGCAGUAGGUGCCCUGCAUGGACUUCUCAAUUCCACUUAGAAGUCAUGGCAUUCCAUAUCCUGUUGGGAUCUGAAGAAAUGCAAACAUCUGCAUGAUGAUUUUAAAACGGAAAGGUUCAUCCAGGUUAAUAAAACCUUGUGAAAAUCUGUGACAAAGUUGAGCCACACUACAGGCUGUUUGUAUUACUAAAGUAUUCUUUCUACUUGAAUAAUGAAAAAUCUUAACAGGAUUUUUUUUAAUUGGGUCCAAUGUUAUUGGGCAUUAAGCCACAGCAUAACUUCUCAGUACAACACUGCUUAAAAACUUCCUUUUAUUGCCACAUCAGCAAAAGGUUGUUUGGUUUUGUUAAUCUAAUCUUGAAUUACCCUUUACCCCAUUCAAAUGGUCUCCAAAAUACCCUUGAGCUUAUAAGCAUCAAAACCUUCCUCGGACUUCUGGAAUCUCAGUACCAGCUAAUGAUUAUAGAAAGAUAAGCACUGAGAUUUAACAGGUGGAAUAAAUAAAAUGUGUGUAACAGUAUCUGGGGAUGAGGAAUCUACCCUGCUCAGAAUGGUUGUGGGUUAAAGCAAUGCAAGAGUCCUUAGUUUAUAACACAGAUCUGUUUUAAACACAUUUUAUUUAGAGAACUCUCUGUAUAUAAGACAUAUAAUAUUGCUCAAAGUUGUCAGAUUCGGGCAAAAAUACUCGCAACUAAAAUCUCUCCAGGGAGGCCCUGGUAUGUAUUCAUGUACACACCAAAAGUGGCUUUUAUUUAUUUUUUUAAAGUAGUUGUUAAUUUUAUUCAGGAAAUGUAUGUAUUAUAUGGGAGAGGGUGGAAUUCUACCUGUGUGUGAAAUCACUAGAAAUAUUUUAAUCUAUAAAACGCCUUAAGCCCGCACCAACAACAGGUGCACACUAUAAUACAUCCUUAACAAAAAAUGGGGGAAACUAGACUUGUAUAUAACUUGUGUUUUCCCACAUUUUACAUAUGUACUUUUGAAGAUGAUGUGGGCAUAUAUGAUUGCUGGAUAAGUUAUAUCUGGCCAAGUUGUCCCAUAGGCCACCAGAGCAGAGUUUGACUGAGUUUUAUGUCUAAGGAGUUCAAUUGGGUUACCCCUUGAAGUUCCUUGAAGGUAUCUAUUUUAUUAUAUAUGUGAAAUUUAUAAGAGAGUGUUCAUUUAAUGUUGGGUCUUUUCUUUGCUGAGAGGUGCAAUAGUCAACGACUAGUGCCUUCUAUAUUAAUGUAUGGUGAUUUCAGACUGAGUGGCUAAUGAAUGUGAUAUACAAUAGUUGUUGGAAAAGUUGGUAAUAAUCAGCUGAUUAUUAGGAAGUGAUGCAGGCAGUAUUAAAUAUACUCUGAUUGUGUUUCCUUCUGCUAAUUGGCUGCUACUGUAAGUCCACCAGCUGUACAGUGAUUAUGUGCCAAAUGUUCAGUAUAGUUUUCACCACCCCUCGUUUGUAUCUGGAGCAUGCUCCUGUUCUAAUCUCAGUUAGAAAAUUAGACAACCAAUUUAAUAGAAUGGCCAUAAAUUUUAUUUUGUGAUUGUGUCUCACAAUGUUUGUUUUCAACGUCUGUGAUUUUAAACUCUCUUUUUCAGUCAAUCUGUUCUAUACAGUGGAACUCCCUUGCUCUGAUAGCAGAGAAGAUACCUCUAAUCAGUAAUGGAAUUUGGCUAAGCUAUUGACGGGUUUCAAAUCUUGGACUAGCAUUUACAGUGCAGAAAAACUCUAGACAUUCAAUAUGAAGCAAAACUUUGUCCACCAUGACUUGCACAUGAUGCACCUCAAAAUUUAAGAGGUUGGGUUUUUUGUUUAUUAAUUCAUUCUUGAGGCGUGGAACACUGGCAAGGCCAUCAUUCAUUGCAGAUCCUUACUUUCCAUAAUGCAACUGAAUGAGUUGCUAGGCCACUUCAGAGGACAUUUAAGAGUUAACCGCAGUGGUAGACUGGAGUCGCAUAUAGACCAUACUGGCUAAGGAUGGGAUAUUUCCUCCUCCUUAAAGGGCAUUAGUGAACCAGUUGGGCUUUCAUUAAAAUCUGACUCUUUAUUUAUGGUCACUUUUUACCUAUACCAAUUUAAAAAAAAAACAAAAUUCCUGACCUCUCUUUGAACUGAAUUCUAAUU